CAUCUCCAUCUCCCACACGGUAUUGAGAGCUCACUGCUCCUAGUGAGAGAGAGAGAGAGAGGCUGCUGCAGCAGUGAAGCUUGGCCUGCAGAGGAGAGGAAGGAGAAGAGCAAUGGCUGAGGAUGGAAGAGGAGAGGAGAAGCAGGGCAUGGACGUGGUGGAGGUGAAGAAGGCAAAGCAGGGAGGCUUCAGGACCAUGCCGUUUAUCCUAGCGAACGACUUCUGCGACCGGCUCGCGACGGUGGGGUUCAGCUCCAACCUGAUCACCUACCUCACCCUGCAGCUGCACCUGCCACUCGUCGACGCCUCCAACACGCUCACCAACUUCCAUGGCACCGCCAACCUCACCCCGCUCGUCGGCGGCCUCAUCGCCGACUCCUUCGCCGGCCGCUUCUGGACCAUCACGUUCGGCUCCGUCGUCUACCAGCUCGGCAUGGUCUUCCUCACCCUCUCGGCCGCGCUCCCCUCGCUCCGCCCGCCGCCGUGCGCCAAGCACGCCGCCGAUUGCCAGCGUGCGUCGUCCUCCCAGAUCGCCGUGCUCUACGUGUCGCUUCUCUUCACGUCCAUCGGCGCCGGGGGAACGCGCCCCUGCAUCAUGGCGUUCGGCGCCGACCAGCUCGAGCUGGACGCUCACGGGCGCCGCGGGGGCCGGGGAAAGGGGCCCAAGUGGAGCUUCUUUAACCUCUACUUCUUCGGCAUCGAGCUCGCCAAGCUCACCGCCGUCACUGUCGUCGUGUACAUCCAGGAGAACAUCGGGUGGGGGUGGGGGCUCGGCGUGCCCACCAUCGCCAUGUUUGCCGCAGUGAUCGCCUUCGUGUCCGGCUACUCGCUGUACGUCAAGAUGCCGCCCGGCGGCAGCCCUCUGGUCCGGCUAGCGCAGGUCGCCGCCGCCGCCUUCAAGAAGAGGAAAGCCGUCAUGCCUGAACCGAGCCGCCUCUACGAGGACAAGGUGCUCGACGCCGGCAUCUCCACCACCGGUCGUCUUCUCCACACCGACCAGCUAAAGUUCUUUGACAAGGCGGCCAUUGUGACGGACGGCGACGUGCAGCCGUCCGGCGAGCCGAAGUUGUGGCGGCUGUCGACCGUGCACCGCGUCGAGGAGCUCAAGUCGAUCCUCCGCAUGCUGCCCAUCUGGGCGGCCGGCAUCCUGCUGGUGACCUCGUCAUCGCACAACAGCAGCUUCGCCAUCCAGCAGGCGCGCACCAUGGACCGCGACAUCACGCCGCAUUUCAAGAUCCCGCCGGCCUCCAUGCUCAUCUUCACCAACCUCGCCAUGCUGCUCACCCUCGCCUUCUACGACCGCGUCCUCGUCCGCGUGCUCCGCCGCUUCACGGGCCACCCCAACGGCAUCACCCACCUCCAGCGCGCCGGCGUCGGCAUGACCAUCGCCAUGGUGGCCAACGGGGUGGCCGCGGUCGUCGAGCGGCGCCGCAAGUCCGUGGCCGCUGCGAGCGGCAUGCUCGACGCACCCAAGGGCAGCUCGCUGCCGAUCAGCGUCUUCUGGCUGGUGCCGCAGUACGCCAUCCACGGCGUCGCCGACGCCUUCAUGGACGUCGGCCGCAUGGAGUUCCUCUACGACCAAGCGCCGGAGAGCAUGCGGAGCACCGCGGCGGCGCUCUACUGGCUGACCAUGUCGAUCGGGAGCUACCUCGGCACGCUUUUGGUCACCAUCGUGCACGCCAAGACGCAGCGGAGCGGGCAGUGGCUCCAGGACAACCUCAACAGAGCGAAGCUGGACAACUACUACUGGCUCGUCGUCGGGCUGCAGGGUAUCAACCUCAUCUACUACUUCGUCUGCGUCAAGUACUACACCUUCAAGCCAUUGGAGACGGUGAAACCUGAGGAGAUUGAGCUCUACCGUGGAAAUUGUAACGAGGACGACACCAAGAAGGGAGGAAGAUUGAGGUAGAACGGUGCAUUUCAAUUUCCUGGACGGCUUUGGAUCGAAAAUAAUGUUCACUUUUAGAUCGUUUAUGCUUGAAUUGCACCAUUAAAAUUGCCGAGAUUUUAAGAACUCUCUGGCAAAUAGAACAUAUUUAUGUGUCAUAUUCAACAGGUGUAUAUGCUCAUGUCUUCAAAGGAUUUCCCAUAUGUU